CAACAUUGGACCUUGUCCUUCUGACCGACCGACUUCAAAGCAGAAAACAACAGUCGACUUGAACUGAAACCAAAGGCCGGGUUCCCUUUGUCUAACGCCUAAUCAUCUAAUUUUGCAUUACUGCAGUACCUACUUCUCUUCAGCUCUCUCCAUUUAUGAAGUCAUCGCCCAUUUACUUUUAUUUUUUUGUCACCCAAACCGGUUGCGCCAUCGCUUGCCAUCGUUGACAGAGUCGAUAACCCCUUCUUGGCACAGCAACAGUAGCAACAGCAACAGCCACAGCAACAACAACGCAACACCGCCGCCUUCCCUUUUUUGCUUGCUCUCAAUCGAUCGCUCUCUAUCGCGCCUUGUUCUACGUAUGCUAGCGUCACCCACUCCUUCCUACCGUUAUUAGCGUCAUCCUUCCCUCCCUAUCUUCAACUGCACCACGGACAGUCCCUACCGCAGGUAACCUUGACAGACGCAUCGGCUUACCUGCACCUUGCCUUGCCAACUUUCCGCCUCUCGCUUGAUUCUUCCGUCCCGACUCGUCGACAUAACUUGCAUCUAUCUUAGCGGUCGAUACCUUGAAUCCGGACUUGAGGCAAUUUGGGCUCGUCCUUACGCUCUUCCCAUAUUAGCCAGCCAGCCAGCCAGCCCACUAUCUACCUUAGGUACCUAGGUGCCUACCUACCUACAUAUUUAUCGCAUCGUAGCACCAAGCAAGCAACGUAGACACGCAACUCAAUAAAGGCCAAGCCCAGCCAAUCCAAAGCAGGCCGCAGGCGCAAUCGCUCGCCGUCCACUUACCUGGGCUGAUCUGCGAUCACUCAGCAGCCGCUGGCAGGUCUAAGCUGACCGCUGUCACACCCGAGAUUCGGUCCUUCCCUGCUGUCGGUACAAUACACCACCAAUCGCGUCAUAUCAAGUCGGAUGCUGCCUUAUAUGACCUCUCUAAGCCCGCGCCGCCCCCAACGUUUCUGCUUACCUCCGCCUCUUGAUUGACAUUAGAAGUAGACUUCUCACGCAACGGCCAUAUCUGCACAACAAACAGUGCGGCCCCCGAGGCAUUUACCUCUAUAACUUAUCGCCAGAAUCGGCACUUCUGGCAAGAUGGUGUCAGACGAGACGUACGAAAUAUGUCUGCCUAUACUGGAAGAUGAAUCGUUGGACGAUGAGGACAAGACGGACAAGCUCGAGGAGCUCUUGCGCAAGGAGACCUCCUUGACUGGCAACAGUCUCGAAAACGCCGUUUUGGAUGCUCUUUGGCGAUAUCGUGAUGGAGGGAAUAUAGCAGCAUCACCACCUCCAAUCAGACAGACCAUUCUUCGCAGGCCGUCGCCAGCCUCGUGGCGUGCAAAUUCGGGAACCCCUCUCUCUGGUUCUCCCCGCCUCGGAGUUAGCCCGCUGGCGCCGCCAGGUUUCGUCCCGACCCCUUUUGGGCGCAACGUCGUGUCUUCGACUGCAUCGCCUUUUGGUUCACCCCGUCCUUCGCCUCGACUGGCAUUCGCUGCCCCUAUCAUCCCGAACAGCCCAAACCUGAACGCAUACGAGUUCGCUACCGAUGCACCAUCUCAAGAGACAUUCGGAGACAUGCAAAACGACAAUGUCGACUGGCUCACAAAUGACGAUGCGGUGAGUGUCACCUCGUCGAUUGGCACUGGGAGCGCCCUCAACGCCGCUGCGCCAGAGUAUGCUCCCUCGCAGCAGGUGGAUAUGACACCGUACGAUAUGCUCCGCUCGAUUCUCGGUCCGUCGAGGUCCGACGAGGAGAUAGAUGCUGCACUAGCCAUGCACGGCUACGAUCUCGGCGCCAUCAUUACUGCUUUCAUGGAUACGGUGGACUCGAGCGCGAUGCAGGUCGCUCAGACUGAGGAACCCAAAACCAAUGGGCUCCUCAUCGGCAAAUCCAUGACACCAGAUGCGCGGCCCUCCACUCCGGCUGACCAGAGGUCGGGAAUCAUUUGCAAAUUCUUCUUGGCUCAAGGUCAGUGUUUGAGGGCCGAUUGCAGGUUUUCGCAUGACCUGAGCAACCAUGUCUGCAAAUACUGGGUCGCUGGAAACUGUUUAGCGGGUACCACAUGUAUCUUUUCACAUGACCCCGUCCAUCUAUUGAACAAGCUCUCGGUAGACGGAACCAACACUCCCCCGCCCUCGCACAAGGGCGGAAUCAGUAUCCAAGUUCAGGACAUGAACUCUUUUCCUUCGCUACGGCCGGCAACCCCUGAGCAUUUGGGCGGUCGGGCCUCCGGUAGCUACUUCCCAUCAAUGGGAGUAACCCCACCUCCCGGCUUCAAAAUCCCAGGCCUUGCCGGGGAGAAUCUUCGGCCUAGAUCUCGCCCGAGCAGUCGUCAGCAGCAACGCAAGGAGCCAGUACAGACUGCACCAUCUCUAGACGAUGCUGAGGCUUUCCCAUCUCUGGGAGCCGCGUCUGCCAAGGCAACCAGCAAAAAGCAGCAUGGCAAGCGCAGUAGUCAGGGACAUCACAAAGAAGGCUUGAUCUCCAGUUCGUUGGCAGAUAUCGUCAAGAUGUCGCCUUCGCCCACGCCUGAAGCGAAACUGGUCUCUAGGAAGAUGGGUCGUACUGUGAGCUCAACCAGCAUACGGAACGGCGAGAACAGCGCUGCGGCGCAGUCUAUCCCCAGUCCCAAGCAUAUCCCGUGGUUAGAGACUGGCGAGAAGGCGAACAAGGCAUACCUCAAGGCCCGUCAAGAUGCCAUUAAGCACGGCGGCCUGAGGAACAAGUUUUUGCAGAGUGCCGCUCAAGCUUGGAACCGCAACGACGCACGCGCGGCCAAGGCUCUCAGUCUUCGUGGUCAGAGCGAGAACGAUCUUAUGAGGAGGGCUCAUCGCGAGGCUGCACGUGAGCUAUACGAGGAGCGUAACAAGAACAACAACAACAACAGCGUCAGUUCUGAGUUUUACGUCGACUUGCAUGGGCUUCAUCCCGAAGAGGCGGUCGAAUAUCUCGAGAAGGUGCUGCUGGAGAACGAGAAGGAAAUCAGGCCGAUUUAUGCUAUCACGGGCACUGGCCACCACAGCAAGAACGGUAAGGACAAGGUCGGUAAGGCGAUCCGCGGGUUCCUGAAUGAGUGGCGGUACGCUUUCCGUGAAUUCUCGGUCCCCGGAGACCAGCGGAACAUGGGUGGGAUCUUGGGAAUCGACGCGAGGAGCUACGACAAGAGUCUGGCUAGGAAGUCGUCGCAGCAAGAGCCGGUCGACAUACUCGCACAAGGGAAAGAGAUUGGCGAAGGCAAAGUCAAGCUCUUGGUCAGGGAUACGACCAAGGAGCCACCCAAGGGGCCUGCUGGAUACCGCGGACGAUGAUUUCCCCAAUGCGUAUGAACAAGAGCGCGCCACUUGUUGAUGCAGUGCUGGGGAAAGUAUAGUAGAUUCUUAGUUGAUAACAGACAAGCCGGGUUAUAUAUAGCUCACGCUAAUUCGGCCUCGCUGGCCUAUAAAACAGAAAGACAAAAAAUCACCAUCAUAACUAACGUGUCUUUGAUUGGUUGUGUGUUCGUCGAG